AUGGCGCAAUACGAGCUUCCAUUUCAACUCUCCGACCCCUCCAUCCUUCACUUCGACGCCUUCGUCAACAACACCUGGAUCAAAUCCCAAAGCAACCAACACUUUGAAGUCAUCGGUAACCCCAUCCCUACCACCCUACCCCCCCCCCGAUCUACCCAAUCUCCAACUAACAAGAAACAAACAGACCCCGGCACCUCCCUCCCCUGGGCCCUCAUCCCAACCUGCACAGCAGCCGACACCGACCACGCCGUCGUCUCCGCACACACGGCAUUCCUCAGCUUCCGACACACCACGGCGCACUACCGCUCGCAACUCCUCACAGCCUGGGACAGUCUCAUCCGGACCCACAAAACCGACCUGGCCAAAAUCAUCACGCACGAGACAGGCAAACCUCUCGCCGAAGCGCUCGGCGAAAUCGACUACGCGACGUCGUUCACGCGAUGGUUCUCAGGCGAAGCCGAGCGGGUCUCGGGCACGAUUAGUUCGGCAGCAGUGCCAGGACGGCGGGUGCUAACGAUCAAGCAGCCGAUUGGGGUAGCAGCGGCGCUAGUGCCGUGGAAUUUCCCGGUGGCUAUGGUGCUUCGGAAGGUGGCGGCGGCGAUCGCGGCGGGGUGUACGAUGGUGGUGAAGCCGUCACCGGAGAGUCCGGUGAGUGCGUUGGUUAUAGCGGGGUUAGCGAUGAAGGCGGGGUUUCCGGCGGGGGUGAUUAAUGUGUUGACGACGGAUAUGGAGAAUACGCCGUCACUGAGUGAGGCGUUGUGUCGACAUGAGUUGGUGAAGAAGGUGACGUUUACGGGGUCGACGAGGGUGGGAAAGCUGAUUGCGGGGAUUUGUGCGGAUGGGUUGAAGAAGGUGACGUUGGAACUGGGCGGGAAUUGUCCGUUUAUUGUGUUUGACGAUGCGGAUCUGGAGGAGGCGGUCAAGGCGUUGAUGAAUUUGAAGUGGAGGCAUGCUGGCCAGGCGUGUAUUACUGCAAAUCGGGUGUAUGUGCAAAGGGGGGUGUAUGAGAAGUUUGCAGCGAUGUUGAGAGAGAGGACGGAGAAGUUGGUCGUGGGCCAUGGGAUGGAGGAAGGGGUGGGGAUGGGCCCGUUGACUACGGAGAGGGGAUUAGGGAAGGCGGAGAUGCAGAUUGAGGAUGCGAGGAGGCUGGGGGCAGAGGUUAUAUUGGGUGGAGGCAGGGUGGAGGGGAAGAAGGGGUAUUUCUUCCAGCCGACGAUUCUGACGGGGAUGAAGAAGGAGAUGUUGGUUAGUCGCGAGGAGACGUUUGCGCCGGUGGCGGCGUUGUAUGCCUUUGAUACGGAGGAUGAGGCGGUGCAGUGGGCGAAUGAUACCAGUAUGGGACUGGCGAGUUAUGCGUUUACUAAGGAUGCGGAUCGCUUGUGGAGGUUGUUUGAGAAGCUGGAGGCGGGGAUGGUGGGCUUGAAUACGGGGAGUAUGUCGGCGGCGGAGGCGCCGUUUGGGGGCAUGAAGGAGAGUGGGUAUGGCAAGGAGAGUGGAAAGGAUGUGGCUGUGGAUGAGUAUUUGGUCACGAAGACAGGGACAUUGACGGUGCAAGGACAUUAUUAG